UAAUCUGUAGAUUUGAAUUUGAUUUGAUUGAAGUUGUUGAAGUUUGGCUAGUGUUGAAAAUUGAAAUUGUUGUCUAAUUUUUCGAAUUAAUUAUUUGUAAGUGUGAUUUCGCAAAAUGAAAAUCGAAGAAGUUAAAAGUACUGCAAAGACUCAAAGAAUUUCGGCACAUAGCCACAUAAAAGGCUUAGGUCUAGAUGAAAAUGGGGUUCCGAUUCAAAUGGCAGCCGGUCUCGUGGGUCAAGAAUCGGCAAGAGAAGCUGCAGGCCUGGUGGUGGAUAUGAUAAGAAGCAAGAAGAUGGCUGGUCGUGCCUUGUUACUGGCUGGCCCUCCAGGAACAGGAAAGACAGCUAUUGCAUUAGCCAUAGCUCAGGAACUAGGAAACAAAGUUCCCUUUUGUCCCAUGGUGGGAAGUGAAGUGUACAGUACCGAAAUUAAGAAGACAGAAGUACUAAUGGAGAAUUUUCGCCGUGCCAUUGGUCUGCGCAUUAGAGAGACUAAGGAGGUAUAUGAAGGAGAAGUAACCGAGCUAACACCUGUAGAAACAGAGAAUCCAGCUGGAGGCUAUGGAAAAACAGUUUCCCAUGUUAUAAUUGGAUUGAAAACAGCAAAAGGCACAAAACAAUUAAAGCUAGACCCCACAAUUUACGAGUCUUUGCAAAAGGAGAAGGUGGAUGUUGGUGAUGUCAUCUACAUUGAGGCAAACUCUGGUGCUGUGAAAAGACAAGGGAGGAGUGACACUUUCGCUACAGAAUUUGAUUUAGAAGCGGAAGAAUAUGUACCAUUACCAAAAGGCGAUGUCCACAAGAAGAAGGAGGUAGUCCAAGAUGUGACUUUACAUGACUUAGACUGUGCCAAUGCUAGACCUCAAGGAGGCCAUGACAUUAUGUCUAUGAUGGGCCAGCUGAUGAAGCCAAAGAAAACUGAAAUAACAGAUAAACUUAGAAAAGAAAUAAACAAGGUUGUAAACAAAUACAUCGACCAGGGAAUAGCAGAAUUAGUACCAGGAGUAUUGUUCAUUGAUGAGGUCCAUAUGUUAGAUAUAGAAACAUUCACAUAUCUUCAUAGAGCCCUUGAGUCAGCGAUUGCGCCUAUUGUAAUAUUCGCCACCAACAGGGGACGUUGUAAAAUAAGAGGCACAGAGGACAUUAUUUCACCGCACGGCAUUCCACUAGAUCUUCUAGAUAGACUGUUAAUCAUACGAACACUCCCUUACAACAAACCUGAACUCCUACAGAUCUUAAAACUACGCGCUGCUACAGAGGGCAUCGCUAUAGAGGACGAAGCGCUGACUGCACUGUCAGAAAUUGGCACUAAUAGCACUCUCAGGUACGCGGCGCAGCUGCUGACGCCCGCGUCGCUGACGGCGCGCGCGGAGGGCGCGAGCCGCAUCGCGCCGCCGCACGUGCGCGCCGUGCACACGCUGUUCCUCGACGCCAAGUCCUCCGCGCGCAUCCUCACGCAGCACUCCGAUAAGUACAUGAAGUAGCCUAUACAUCUGACCCCACUGAUUGUACUUUUUAAGUACGAGAGCCUGCGAUUACUAGACUUUCCUCAAAUUUCAAAAGUUGAUGUAUUGCCAAUUGGCAAGCGAUGUGAGUGAACAGAAAUGGACAAAAUAAAAAUAAAAAAAAUAAUAAGCUAAUUUAUCUCCUUAUACCCAUAGGAAUGGGAUCUACAAAUUUUUCAUGUUUUCAUUGACAUCAUAUGAGAAAUCAUAUUUUCUAUUACCAGUUCCCCAGUCACUUACUUAGCUUCGUGACAGCUUUUAGCCUCAACAGCUCAGUGGUAGAGGCUGGAUUCAUCAUCGUGAGGAGUUGGUUCGAUCCCCGUCCGCCAGAUUAUUGUCGUAUCCACUUCUAACACUGUCUUUUACGACUAAAUGGCCCCUCCAUUUAGUCGUAAAAGACGGGAAUAUUGGUCAUAUAUAUUCCUUUUGAAACUCUUUGACAAACUAAAAAGAUCAAACAUUUAAGGUAGCGAAAGGUUACUUAUGGUAACAUAAGCGAAACCAAGUGUCUGGCAACUAGGGACAUGAAUCAUGAUAUCCUAUAAGUAAGAAUGCGUUUUUUUCUUGAACAAUUGAAGCCCUAGACCCUUGAUAAUACUCGUACCUUCCAAAGCUACCACAAUUUAAACUACAUAUGGUUAUACGGCAAUCGCAUAAGCCAACAAAAUUUCAGCUUUCAUAAAAUGAGGUAAGUCUGGUCACCACAAGCUCUCAGUCUUUCGUUGUGUGAUAUCAAAAGCAUUGCCCUCUAUGUUAUAAAUACCUCAGUAAUACUGAAAACCUCAGCAAUAGGACUAUUGUCGAAUCCAAGUCAUUAAGGUUAUUUGGAGGAGAAGUGUAAUAUAAGUCACAUAUAAAUAUGACAAGUAUUCUUUAAAAAAAUACAAUGCAUAAGGCAUGGUUUCGUUCUGUGAAGGAAUUAUAAGUUUAUAGUUUAGCAUAUUUUGUUUACAGUAUAUUUGCCAAAUUAUACCUAUAAAUCUUUGACAUAACUACGAGUAAGUACAAAAUAUUCCGCAGUUCUAUGUUUUUCGUAUCAUUGUAAUUUUCAAUAAAAUAUGUAUUAUGUUUUGAAGUGCCUUAGAAUAAGAGUUUUAGUUUAUAAAACCGAAGAUUACAGAAGUAAUUAUUUUGUUUUAAUUCCUGAGGAAUGCAAUGUUCAAGGACAAACAAUGUAUCUUUUAAUAAAUAAGUUUUAUUAAAAA